GAAGCUCGAAGCUCUGAGCGGAAAAAGGUCGCACUCACUUCACGACAACGCCAAAACUGCUUGCGCCCGUCACCAUGCAUUCAGCGCGCAAGGCAUACAUCGAAGAAGAGAAACGCCGACGGAACGAGAGCGGGAGCUGAUAGCGACAAUGGCAGGAUACCAGCAUCGAUCUCGCUAGCGUUCCGCUCGAUACCAAUUACCAUCUCCCCGCUGCGACGGUUGGCGGCGAGGCCCAACAUGCGUCGACUGUCCUGAACGAAUUUGCCCGCAAGCGCAAAGCUGCUGCGCUUGCAGUGCCAACAGACGAUCAGCGCGUGCGCGCAGAACUUCGUGGCAGAGGCCAGCCCAUCACCUUGUUCGGGGAGCGCAAAGAGGACCGCCGGGACCGCUUACGGGAAAUACUGCUGCGCGAACAAGAUGGAGGUGCGGCAGACGAGGAUGAGUCUAUGGCCGACGUUGAAGAGGCAGACGAUGCGGAUGAGGAGGGCGAGUUCUACAUCGAGGGCAGCAACGAACUACUGGCAGCUCGUCGAGAGAUUGCGAGAUAUUCGUUACCACGCACCACGCGACGGCUCAAGAGGCAGAAGCAAGAGAGCAAGAUUCCUGUGGAGACCCACGUGAAGCAUCGAAAAGAAAUCAAGGGGAAACUCGCAAAUGUGGAUCUCUUUGGCAGUCAGAUCGCCAGCGAGCGUCCAGUUAGCCUGACGCGAUUCGCGCCUAAUGGAGAGCUGUUGGCAUGCGGAGACUGGGGAGGCACGGUGAAGCUGCUUGAUGUGCCCAAUCUGGACACCAAAAUGACACUGCGGGGGCACAAAGGUAUGAUCGGUGGAAUUACGUGGUUUCCUGGCGCGACCCUCCCCGGCUCGACAAUAGCCCCAGAGGAUGUGAAUCUCGCCACAGCUGCAGCCGACAACGAGAUACACCUAUGGUCUCUGACACAGGAUACUCCAGUGGCAUCGUUGAGCGGACAUAGCGCAAGAGUAUGUCGUGUGGCAUGCCAUCCAUCUGGGAGGUACCUGGCAAGCGCGAGCUAUGACACGACCUGGCGCUUGUGGGAUGUGAAAACCACCACCGAGUUGCUGCUGCAAGAAGGACACAGCAAAGAAGUCUACACAGUCGCCUUCAACGAGGACGGCAAUCUCAUUGCUUCGGCUGGGCUUGACUCGAUUGGUCGCAUUUGGGACCUUCGAACAGGCCGAACUGCAAUGAUUCUCGAAGGUCACGUUGGCUCAAUUCAUGCCCUCGACUGGAGUUGUGAUGGCCAUCGCGUCAUGACAGGCAGUGCCGAUGGCUUUGCCAAGUGCUGGGACUUGCGCGCUGUACGAGAAACGGCCAGCAUUGGCGCGCAUAUUGGUGGAGUCUCCGACCUGCGAUGGUUCAAGGGCACCGAUGGGCCACUUUCGGGCGCACUUCAGCAACCCGAUGCAGUCAUGACCGAUGGGGAUGACCAGCAGGGGUCAAGCGCAGCUGUGCAACCUCGGAAGAGUGGCACGUUCCUUGUUAGUGCUGGCUUCGACAAGAAUGUCAACAUCUUCUCCGCAGACGACUGGGCCUUGUGCAAGUCCCUAUCAGGACACGAUGGCACUGUCUUGUCGGUCGACGUGACUGCAGAUGCGGCCUGGCUUUCGUCAAGUGGACGCGAUCGGACUGUGAAGCUUUGGGCCAGAGAUGCGAUGGAUGGCAUAUAAGUCAUCGCUAUAGCCUAUCACACAGUCUAGUCUAUGGUAUGAUGGCAGUGGCCGCAAAACAUAACAUAUUAGUUCCGGGCUCCGUCUGGUGCACGCCGGAGCUACAGCUUGGUCAUCGAUUUACUGACAUAAUGCGGUUUGUCCGCUAAGUACUUCUGAUGGUUGCAGAUUGCCAGCACGGCCCCAUCUUCUUCGCGCCGCAUUAUCCCCCUAAGCUCGGCGAGACGCUUUCCGAUCUGUAUUACUUCGCACUCGAAAAGCACAAGUUCACCCUCUACGGGAGGUUUGAGAUAAGUA